AGGCUUCCAAUAAUCCUGUGUGUUUUAGAUUCUCCCGCUCCCCCAAUUCUCUCCUCCCUUCUUCCCGGAAUCCUGGAUUUCUCUUCCUCAUAUCUUCCCCAUUCCAUCUCCCAUCCUCUACCCCCCCAUGUUCUGCUUCAAACUCCGCCGUCUUCUCCAUUUCCACAGCCACCUCCGCCGCCCAAUCCAUGUUGUUCCCAUAUGAUUUCUCCAUUCCAUCUUCCCUUCUCUGUAUCUAAAUGAUUACGCACUCCACAUCUCCGCCCUUUGAUUCCUCGAAUUCCUUCCCUCAACAUUCCCCCUCUCACAACUUCAUUACCGGAGCUCGCAACUCCCUUUCCACCGCCGCUUUCCUUCCCCGAAAUCCCCGGCGAAAACGGUUCUUCCCUUCUUCUCUUUCUCCGGAUGCCGCUACUCGCCACUUCAAUCUACAAUUUGCAACUCUCGCGAGGAGGAGCGCCAAUUUUUUUGUAGUCAAGCGUACUACUAAUGAGUUGGAGAGGGAAGAAUUCUCCCAGGACUCUUCUGUGCAAGUUGGAUCAAGUUUCACUGCUUUUCAGGAGGAUCCUAUUGUCGAUAAGUUAAGGACCCAACUCGGUGUCAUACACCCUAUCCCUUCGCCACCUAUUAAUCGAAACAUUGUUGCACUUUUCGUCUUCUUUUUCUUUGUUGGAGUCGCCUUCGACAAACUGUGGACACUUAGAAAGAGAAGUAAAUCGAGAAAUGAAGAUGGGCGUCGUGGUACAUGGCCCCAGGUGCCUACUAGUUUCUCGUCGUUUUUGGAGAAGGAUUUACAAAGGAAGGAGUCGGUGGAGUGGGUGAAUAUGGUGUUGGGUAAAUUAUGGAAAGUUUAUCGACCUGGCCUUGAGGAUUGGCUUGUUGGAUUGUUGCAACCUGUUAUUGAUAAUUUGAAGAAACCUGAUUAUGUGGAGAGGGUGGAAAUCAAGCAGUUUUCCUUGGGGGAAGAACCAUUGUCUGUUAGGAAUGUUGAGCGGCGAACAUCCCGUCGAGCCAAUGAUUUGCAGUACCAAAUUGGUCUGCGCUAUACUGGCGGAGCUCGUAUGUUGUUAAUGCUUUCACUAAAAUUUGGCAUCAUCCCCAUUACUGUUCCAGUUGGUGUCCGAAAUUUUGACAUAGAUGGUGAAUUAUGGGUCAAGUUGCGGCUUAUUCCAACUGAACCUUGGGUAGGUGCCGUUUCAUGGGCAUUUGUUUCACUACCAAAGAUCAAAUUUGAGUUGUCACCGUUCCGCUUGUUCAAUUUAAUGGCCAUUCCUGUUCUCUCCAUGUUUUUGACAAAACUUCUCACAGAGGAUUUACCUAAAUUAUUUGUACGUCCAAAGAAGAUAGUUCUAGAUUUCCAAAAAGGAAAAGCGGUUGGACCCGUCCCGGAUGAGGUUAAAUCGGGAGACAUACAAGAAGGAAAUAAAGGUUUUGUUGGGGAACUUUCAGUAACCCUCGUAGAUGCUCGGAAGCUUUCUUAUGUCUUUUAUGGAAAAACGGACCCAUACGUGAUUUUAAGCUUGGGCGAUCAAAUAAUACGCAGCAAAAAGAACAGCCAAACCACUGUAAUUGGAUCACCUGGUGAGCCAAUCUGGAAUCAGGAUUUCCAUAUGCUUGUUGCAAAUCCUAGGAAACAGAAAUUGUAUAUCCAAGUGAAAGACUCUCUUGGAUUUGCAGAUUUGACCAUUGGUAAUGCAGAGGUUGAUCUUGGUUCUCUUCAAGAUACUGUACCAACGGACAGAAUUGUUGUUUUGGGGGGAGGUUGGGGACUCUUUAGAAACAGGUCUUCUGGAGAAAUACUAGUGAGAUUGACAUACAAAGCAUACGUCGAGGACGAAGAGGACGACAAGGCUGCAUUAGAUGCCUUGGAUACAGAUAUUUCGGAUGACGAGUCAUCUGAUUCGGAUGAACCUGAUGAACCAAAUGGUGCUUACGACGAGGGUGAAAACGAUGCUGCGAAGGAAACUGAUAAGGAAUCAUUUAUGGACGUUCUAGCGGCAUUGAUUGUGAGCGAAGAAUUUCAGGGUAUAGUAGCAUCGGACACAUUGAAUACGAAGCUUCAGAAUGACGCCACCACUUCUUCUAGCAUAGGGACAACGAGGUCGAGAUCUCGUGAUGUGGUUACUGAUAACAAACCCGCAGUUUCUGGCGUUGGAGAUAGAGGUUUAGCUGAAUCGUCGCUGUUUUGGCUUGCUGUGAUCACGAGUAUCUCGGUGCUCAUUGCUAUCAACAUUGGUGGUUCGAGUUUCUUCAAUCCAUGAGACUACUCGGACCCUUUAGCCAUUUUGUAUCAUGUCAUGAGCAUAGAGCAAGCCACCUUGGCUGGCUGGAGUCGAGUAUAUCACGCACCCAUACACAUUGAAUUGAACAAUGAGAAUCGAUCAACUUUAACUCAUGUUCGGUUCGUAUAUACGUCGCUAUCGGAGGAACAAGCUUCUGUCGACGGCAUACCAAUUUUGGGUUUGUAUUAUAAUAACAAAUUUACAUUCUUUUCAACUUGUGCCUUGUAACUUCAUUUGGCACCCAUCAUUAUAAAAAUAGAAAUUACACGCA